CUUCUGGCCGGUGUUCCCAAGGGCCUCGGCCAGGGUAGAAUGGUACACACAUGGGUGGCUGCUUCUGCAUCCCCAGGGAGCGGAGUCUGACCCGGGGCCCAGGUAAAGAAACUCCUUCCAAGGAUCCAGCUGUAUCGAGUGAGUGUAUAGCCUCAUCUGAAUACAAGGAAAAAUGUUUUCUGCCGCAGAACAUUAAUCCAGACCUGACACUCUCCUUCUGUGUAAAGAGCCGCUCCAGGAGGUGUGUAAAUGGACCCCUACAGGAAGCUGCUCGGAGACGGCUCUGGGCGCUGGAGAAUGAGGACCAGGAGGUGCGCGUGCUGUUUAAGGACCUCUCAGCAAGGUUGGUCAGUGUCCAGUCUCAGAGGGCCCAGUUUCUCAUCACUUUCAAGACCAUGGAGGAAAUCUGGAAGUUCUCCACCUACCUUAAUUUAGGCUACGUAUCCAUGUGUCUGGAACAUCUCCUCUUUGACCACAAGUACUGGCUCAACUGCAUAUUGGUGGAGGAUACAGAGAUCCAAGUGUCUGUAGAUGAUAAACACCUGGAAACAAUAUACCUGGGACUCCUGAUACAGGAAGGCCACUUCUUCUGCAGAGCCCUGUGCUCUGUGACUCCACCAGCCGAGAAGGAAGGGGAAUGCUUGACACUUUGCAAGAAUGAGUUAAUCUCAGUGAAGAUGGCAGAAGCAGGGUCCGAGUUGGAAGGCGUGUCUUUGGUGACAGGUCAGCGGGGCCUGGUACUGGUGUCAACCUUGGAGCCUCUGCCUCUCCCUUUCCACCAGUGGUUCCUAAAGAAUUAUCCAGGAAGCUGUGGCCUUUCCAGGAAGAGGGAUUGGACAGGCUCCUAUCAGAUUGGCAGAGGACGCUGUAAGGCCUUGAAGGGUUAUGAGCCAGGAGAGAAGGAUGAACUGAGUUUCUACCAGGGAGAAAGUAUUGAGAUCAUCGGCUUUGUCAUACCUGGGCUUCAGUGGUUCAUUGGAAAGUCGACGAGUUCAGGACAAGUGGGCUUUGUCCCCACCAGGAACAUAGAUCCUGAUUCUUAUUCCCCAAUGAGCAGGAACUCUGCCUUUCUCAGUGAUGAGGAGAGAUGCUCCCUGUUGGCCCUGGGAAGUGAUAAGCAGACUGAGUGUUCCAGCUUCCUCCACAGUCUUGCUCGCACUGACAUCACAUCUGUCUACCGACUCAGUGGGUUUGAAUCCAUCCAGAAUCCUCCAAAUGAUCUGAGUGCAUCCCAGCCUGAAGGCUUCAAGGAGGUCAGGCCUGGAAGAGCCUGGGAGGAGCAUCAGGCCAUGGGCUCCAGACAGUCCAGCACCUCUGAGGACUCCAGCCUGGAGGAGGAGCUCCUCUCAGCCACUUCAGACAGCUAUCACCUGCCGGAGCCUGAUGACCUUGAUGACCCGGAACUGCUCAUGGACCUAAGCACUGGUCAGGAGGAGGAGGCUGAGAACUUCACCCCCAUAUUGGCUUUUCUGGAUCAUGAGGGUUAUGCUGACCACUUUAAGAGUCUCUAUGACUUCUCCUUCUCUUUCCUCACUUCUUCCUUCUAUAGCUUCUCUGAGGAGGAUGAGUUUGUGGCCUACCUGGAGGCAUCAAGAAAGUGGGCCAAGAAGAGCCACAUGACCUGGGCCCAUGCCCGGCUCUGCUUCCUCCUGGGCCGGCUGAGCCUCAGGAAGGUCAAACUCUCUCAGGCCAGGGUGUACUUUGAGGAGGCCAGACACAUUCUCAAUGGAGCAUUUGAGGACCUAUCCUUGGUGGGUGCUCUGUACAUCAAUUUGGCUGCCAUCUACCUGAAACAGAGGCUGAGACAUAAAGGCUCCACCCUGUUGGAAAAGGCAGGUGCCCUGCUGGCCUGCCUGCCUGACCGUGAGUCUAGUGCCAAGCAUGAACUUGACGUGGUGGCCUACGUGCUGCGCCAGGGGAUUGUGGUGGGCAGCAGCCCACUGGAGGCCAGGGCCUGCUUUCUGGCCAUCCGCUUGCUCCUGAGCCUAGGCCGGCACGAGGAGGUCCUGCCCUUCGCCGAGCGCCUGCAGCUCCUCUCUGGACACCCUCCUGCCUCUGAGGCUGUGGCCAGUGUUUUGAGUUUUCUGUAUGACAAGAAAUAUCUUCCACACCUUGCAGUGGCCUCUGUCCAGCAACAUGGUAUCCAGAGUGCCCAAGGGAUGUCUCUUCCUAUUUGUCAGGUCCACCUGGUCCUCCAGAACACAACCAAGCUCCUUGGCUUUCCUUCCCCAGGCUGGGGUGAAGUUUCUGCCUUGGCCUGCCCAAUGCUCAGACAGGCCCUGGCUGCCUGUGAGGAACUAGAAGACCAGAGCACCCAGAGGGCCCUGUGUCUCAUCCUUUCCAAAGUGUACCUCCAGUACAGGUCUCCUGAUGGUGCCAUCCACUACCUGAGCCAGGCCUUGGUGCUAGGGCAGCUGCUGGGUGAGCAGGAAUCCUUUGAGUCUUCUCUCUGCCUGGCAUGGGCCUAUCUCUUAGCCAGCCAGGCCAAGAAGGCUUUGGACGUGCUUGAGCCACUGCUAUGCUCCCUGAAGGAGACAGAGAGUCUCACUCAAAGGGGAGUCGUCUAUAACCUCCUGGGACUUGCACUCCAAGGUGAAGGCCGGGUGAACAGGGCAGCCAAGAGCUAUCUUCGGGCCUUGAACAGAGCCCAGGAGGUGGGAGACAUGCGUAACCAGGCAGUGGCUAUGGCCAAUCUUGGCCACCUGAGCCUUAAGUCCUGGGCUCAGCAUCCAGCCAGAAACUAUCUCCUGCAGGCUGUACGACUCUAUUGUGAACUUCAGGCCAGCAAGGAGACAGACAUGGAAUUAGUACAGGUGUUUCUCUGGUUGGCCCAAGUUCUGGUGUCUGGACGCCAGCUGACCCAUGGCCUUCUUUGUUAUGAAAUGGCAUUGCUGUUUGGCUUAAGGCAUCGACAUCUAAAGAGUCAGCUUCAGGCCACCAAAUCCCUCUGCCAUUUCUACAGCUCUGUGUCCCCAAAUCCUGAGGCAUGCAUCACCUACCAUGAGCACUGGCUGGCCCUGGCUCAGCAGCUCAGGGACCGGGAGAUGGAAGGGAGGCUGCUGGAGUCCCUGGGGCAGCUUUAUCGGAACCUAAACACCGCCAGGUCCCUCAGGAGGUCACUCACAUGCAUCAAGGAGAGCCUGCGUAUCUUCAUUGACCUGGGGGACAGAGACAAGGCUGCCGAGGCCUGGCUUGGGGCAGGGAGACUCCACUACCUCAUGCGGGAAGACGAGCUGGUGGAGCUGUGCCUGCAGGCAGCCAUCCAGACAGCCCUGAAGUCAGAGGAGCCUUUGCUGGCUCUCAAGCUUUAUGAAGAAGCAGGUGAUGUGUUCUUCAAUGGGAUCCGCCACAGGCAUCAUGCAGUGGAGUACUACCGAGCUGGAGCUGUUCCUUUAGCAAGGAGGUUGAAGGCGGUGAGAACUGAGCUCCGGAUUUUCAACAAGCUGACAGAGCUGCAGAUUAGCCUCGAAGGCUAUGAGAAGGCUUUGGAAUUUGCCACCCUGGCCGCCAGGCUCAGCACAGCCACAGGAGAUCGGAGGCAGGAGCUGGUGGCCUUUCACCGCCUGGCUACAGUGUACUACUCCCUGCAUAUGUAUGAGAUGGCUGAGGACUGCUACCUGAAGACCCUGUCCCUCUGCCCACCCCGGCUGCAGAGUCCCAAGGAGGCCCUGUACUAUGCCAAGGUGUAUUAUCGCCUGGGCCAACUCACCUUCUGCCAGCUGAAGGAUGCCCAUGAUGCCACUGAGUACUUCCUUCUGGCCCUGGCAGCAGCGGUCCUGCUGGGUGACGAAGAGCUUCAGGACACCAUUAGGAGCAGGCUGGACAACAUCUGCCAGAGCCCCCUGUGGCACAGCAGGCCCUCCGGGUGCUCCUCAGAGAGGGCGCGGUGGCUGAGUGGCGGUGGCCUGGCCCUCUGAGGAAAGCUGUCCUGUCUCUGGACAUUUGGCAUGGCCAGACUCUGACCCCACUGCCCUAGGCUCUUAAAUACUCAUUGGGAGGGUCCGAGUCAUUACCUGGCUUAGUCCCCUCAUUUUACAACAAGAAGAAUGAAGUCCAGAAGGAGAGGGGCUCAUUGCAGGCCACAGAAAGAUUUGAUGGUGCAACGAUGAGAAUUCCUGGUUCCAGGCUUUGCAUCUGGAGCCUUUACCAGUUGACCAUUGCCUUCCACACAAACAGCCUCUGAAAAGCACUUUCUCCAUACAUAAUUCUGGAGAAGAUGAGGAAUCUUGCCCUCCAGGAACCUUCCUUCCUCCUGCAGUGAGGAAAUCAGUCACUGCACUGGUGCAAAGACAAGCAGAUUGGAAUUUGUGCUCUUCACCGAUUUUCUCAGGGAAAGACCCCUUCCCCUUGCCAGCAGAGGAGCCUGUAGUUUUUCCAUUUCUUUCUUCAGAACCAAAGUAUGUAUCACUUCUCAUGCUCACAGGGAUUGACAGGAGAGAAUUCACCAGGAUCUUAGCUCAAAAGACACAGCCUCAGAAAGGCCAGAUGGAUUGCGCGAAACCUGACUUGGAUUCACCGUCUUUGUCCUGCCAUAAGGCUGUGCUACCAUAUAACCUCCCAGAAGCUCCAGGGAAGCUUUCCAAGAACCAAGGCUUGAAAAUUGAAUGUUAAGAAAAUUAUGACAUAAAUUACAUAUAAAUAGUGUAUAUGAUUAAAUAUUGUCCAGUUACAUUUACACACACAUUUUAUCUCAUCCACAAUGGGGACAGAUGAGAUGGAGGACUUGAAGGAUGGGUGAGAAUACCAAUACAUGUCAUUUUUUUUUUUUGAGACAGCAUCUCCUCUGUUGCCCAGGCUGGAGUUCAGUGGUACAGUCAGGGCUUACUGCAACCUCAGAUCCCGGGGCUCAAAUGAUCAUCCAGUGUCAACCUCCUGAGUAGCUGGAACUACAGGCAUGUGCCACCACACCCAACUACAAGGCAUCUUAUUGAUUUCAGGGCAACUGCUUUACAAAGCAUCUCUAUUAAUGACCUAUCACUGCAGAGCACACUGAGUGGCCUAAAACACUUAUAGUCUCAUGGUUUCUGAAGGGCAGGAAUCCAAGCAUGACUUAGCUGAGCCCUCUGGCUUAGGGUGGUUAACAGGCUGCAAUCAGCCAGGGCUGCAGUUAUUUCAACUUCAACUAGAGAAGGAUGGGCUUCUAAGCUCACCCACACAGUUGUUGUUAGGAGUCAGUUUUUUGCUAGCUGUUGGCCAGAGGCUUCCUGCAGCCACUUGCCACAUGGGCCUCUCCACAGGGCAGUCACAACAUGGUACCAUUGCUUCACUAGAGGGAGCAAACAAAAGGAGCAAGAACCAGAGUGAGCAAGAGAAAAGGGAGUCACUCUCUUUCUGUAACCUAGUCACAGAAGUGACAUCUCCUUAGUCUUGCCUAUUCAAUUCAUAAUGUGAGUCACUAGGUCCAGCUCCCACAAGAGGCGGGUGUUUACCAGCAGCUUGAAUACCAGACGGUGAGGAAUCACUGGGGAUCAUUUCAGAAGUGACCUACCACAGUAUCUGAGUUCUUUGAUAAUAAAAUCAGGAAUUCUCUAAUUUCAGCAAACUGAAAAUAUGGUCCACUAACCGGCAGCAUCAGCAUCACCUGUGAGAUUGUUUGAAAUGAAAAUCUGCGGCCCCACCUAUGAUCUCUGAAUCAGAAUCUCUGGAUCCCAGAACCCUGACUCGUCCAAGCUUUCCUGGUGAUUUUAAUGCACCCUAAAGUAUGGGAAGCACCACUGCAGGGCAAAAGCCCUCAGAUAGUGUGCAUAACUAUUACCUGGUGAGGUUGUUGAACAUGAACUUCUUGGUUUCUAUCUCUAAUAAUUCUGAUUCAGUAGAUCUGGGAUGUAUCCCAGGAACAUGCAUUUUUAGAAAGAACUGAAGCAAGCCUGAUGCAGGUGGUUCACCCUUGCUCCUUGUGUGAAUCACAAGGAUACCAGCCAUAAUUCCCUGCGUCUGAUGCCCAUCAGCUUAGCUUUUAUUAUCAGACCAUCUGCUCUUAAUUUCUAGCUUCUUGGGCUAAUCAGAUGAUUGGUUGUUUGGCAGGGUGAGAUGGGAGUGGUGAGUUGAGCCGCCAUUGCAUCUUCUAGUCAUCAAGGUUGUCUAGCAUUGGCACAUAUUUUCUCUUAGAGAUGUGGUUGGUUGUCAAAAGGCUGUCUACUCUAGAGAGUAUUCUCCAGGAAGGAGAAGCUUCCAAUUGUCUAAUUAGUAAAGUUAUCCAAUCCACUAUCAUGCAGAAUAGAUGCGGUUUUGCCCCCACCACAAGCUGUAAAAGCCCCAAGCUGGGAGGGAUGUUGUGGUUGAGGGUAUUCAGUCUAAUCUCCCAUGCAUAGACCUUUCAACAACAUUCCUGGGAGACAGUCAGGGGCACACACAUUCCAGAACAGUUACAUAUCGUGUAUAUGAAGAAGGUUCACACAGUCCUGGAAACCAUGCCACUGGCCAUUCCCCAUCUGACUCAGGUUACAUAUCCCCUCCCUUUUCCCGCUGACCAUUCACUCUCCUCUGGCCAGAUUUCUUUCUGUUUCUCUGAAAGAGCGGUUCCCAUAACUGCCCAAGGCUUUUGAUAUUGGCCGGUGGGUGAAGAGAACAGAGGGAUGUUACUAUACUUAAUUUGAUUCUUCCUCUCCCCAGCAGCCACAUCUGUCCUUGGCUUCCAUUGAGCUUUAUAAUCAAUUGAAACUUCUGUGUCUUCUGACUUGAAUUUCUGUUUGGACAGAUCUUUCUCAAUUGCUGGAAAUAUGCGUAUGCAUUUGCAUAUGCAUACACAUACACACACAUAUGUGAAGAGCAUUGUUUCUAUCCAUGUUACAUUUCAUUGGAAAUUUUAGCUAAAAUUUCCCAGUUCUGUGCACUUUGAUUUACCUCUAAAUCUGAUGAAUUUACCUGUAACCAGGUCAGUUAUAAAAAUGUUUAGCAUGUUUCCAAAGACAAGGGUAAGACUAUUUUUUUAAAAUAAGAAAAACAUUGUGCUAUAUAAUUGCAAUUACUACAUUCUAUAUGUAAAUCGCUUGCUAAAACUCUUUUAAAAAGUGUUUAAAAAUUUCAUUUUUAAAAUGUGGGCCAACUAUUCCCUUUGGAAACAUGUUGAUGCUGUCUUUUUUUCAUGAUCCACAGAGAGUAAAGUGGUGAUUGGAUCUGGUCUCUACUUAAACAUUUAAAAAAAUAAGUGUAUCAUAGCCAAACAUGAUCUAGUUACCCUCUUUAUUCUAAUUGUUCCCUCAAAUCUUGUAUGGGCUGUGUGGCUGCUGGCUCCUUACAUCUAAUCUAAAUAAAGAACAAGGAGGGCAUUGCAACAUUGUGGAAAACCUUGUAACAUGUUUUCUCAGCUUUCAGGUAUACUAGUUCCCUGUCCAACAGUAUUAACAUUCUGAAAUCUAAUAUUGCUUUUGUCCUUUUCUUAUUUGCUUUUCCAUUAUUUUAAGAUGCUUUUAUAUUGUGCGUGUGUAUAUAUAUGUAUGUGUGUGUGUGUUCAUUUUCUUCCUCUUUGUAAAUAUAAUGCACCCCAUUUGGCAGAAGUUUAUUUGAGAAAGGGAAUAUGCAGGAAUGGAGGGUGUUAGGGUGAGGGAUCAGGAAGCCUGUCACUAAAGGGAACCUGUGUUUUGGUCUUGAUUUUGAUAUUAAAUUGCAGUGCGACCUUGGGCAAGUCACUUAACCUCUACACAUCUCAGAUAUUUGUCCUCUGAUAAAAGAACCUCACCUCUGGGUUUUUCAGCAGUGCUAUUUUUAUACUGUAUGAACAGGAUAAGAAAUAGUAUUGGAGAGAUGAAAUAAUAUAUUUUUAUAGCCCAAUUAUAUUCUCUUAUUUUUACAGGUGAGUAAACUGAGGAACAGAAGGGUAACUUCCUCCCAGACACAUUGGUAGUUAGUGGCAAAGACAGUGGUACUUGAGGCAGGGGUCUCAUGACUCAAGGACUUAGUUGCACAAAUGACAGGAUUUCUGCUGUUCAGGGCUUCCUUCACAGUUGUAUGUAUAUAUGUACACGUGUGUGUAUGUAUGCAUGCAUUUAUCACGAUAUGCACCAAAGAGCCUUUACAAAACAUUUUCUAAAUUGAUUUACUUCUUUUACUCAUAUUAACUUAUUUUUGUAAAGGAUGACCAGUCUAUAUAGAAGAAAAACUUGUAUUGUUUUCCAUAAACCGAAUUCUGUAAAUAAUGGCAAAUACAAUGAAAAUAAAACAAUGCAUUAACUUCAAGCUAGGUCCUGUUGCUCUUUGCAAGCACCCAGCCUAGGCCUUAUCUGGCAUUGUUUGAAAACAGAGAGAUUAAUAAGUGGCAGAGAGUGUAGAUGACAGACUAGCAAUAACCACUUUUUCCUUGCACACUCAGAGAAAUGGAGUAAGCAGGGAAGAGGACUGAGCUUCUUCCGAUGAGGGUCAGUGUCAUUCAAUGCCAGGUUUGGGCACACAUUUCAGGGAAGUGGGGAUUCAGCUGGGUGACAGGAAAGGGGCGAAUUAUAUAUUAUGUAAUAUGAUUCAGUAUCAGAAGCAUUGUGAUUGGAGUUAAUUACAGGAUGUUACGGGCACUGAGGGGAAGGGAUUUUACCCAGACAGGGUUAUGGGCAUCAGGAAGGGCUUUCUGGAGGAUGUGAUAUCCAAACUGAGUUCUGAAAGGGAGACUUACUUGAUUCUAACUGCAGACCAGCAGGUUGGUAUUGACAGACAGUGCAUGUGUCAAGCAAAGGUCCAGAGGGUGGACAGGGGUUGAUGUUUUCUGAGAACAGCUCACUGUGAGUGCAGUGAGGCUGGAACAGAUUCAGGGAAGCAAAGAGGGUUUGGAUUCUACCUGGAGGUUGAGGGAAGGGUAUAGAAGGAUUAUAAGCAGUUGAAGGAAACAUGGUCAGAUUUGUGCUUUAGAAAGAUGAUUCUAGAAGCAGCAUGAGACUAGAUUAGGCAGCAGUGGAGAAGGUAGAAAACACAUUAGGACUUGGCUAUUGCAACAAAACACUCCAGCCUUGAUUCAGAUUAUCGCCGGUUUUCCCCACUAAUGUUCUCCUUCUGAUCCCACAUUGGAUUUAGUUGCCAUAUUUCCCUAUGCAUCUCUGGUCUAUGACAGUUUCUGCCUUGCCUUGUUUUUCAUGACCUUGUCAGUUUUGGUCUCUUUUCCUCUUUUAAUUGCUGCCAUUGAGAUGCGUGGACAAGGGGCAAAGAAGGAAGAAAUUCAAGGGAAUGGGCUCUGCACUCACUCAGGUGACAGCUCAGGUGGGAGCAAUGGAAUGUGUUUUGGAGUUGGACAUACUCGGGUUAGAAUCUGUUUCUUACUAGCUAUGUGACCUUCUGCAAAUUAAUUAACUUCCCUGAGCCCAGGGCUAUCAGAAUUAUAUCAGACUUAUUUAUGUCAUAGACAAGGAAAUGGCUAAAGGAAAUCCAUCUUUGGGGGCAUAUAAGCCUUGACAUUGAGAAGUGCAGCCAAACCUAGAGGUGUGGCCGGGCACCCUGGUCCUGCAUUCAGGGACACUUGGGUCUGAAGCUCUUUCUCCUUUUCAUCACGGAGUGACCUGAGCAACUUACUUUGCCUCUUUAAGCUUCAAUUAUUCCUCUGCUCAGACUUUUAAUUGAGACGAGAUGUAUGGAUGGCUUGGUAUGAAUAUCAAUUGAUGGUAGCUGUCACAAUGAAGCAGAACUGAGUAGAUUCUUAAUAAGCACAUCUAUUCCUGGGCCCAACACCGUUAAGUGGGAGGGCGUGUAUGUUAGGGGUGGUCUUUGCUACUGGGCCUUUCACUUGGUGGUCUUCCCUCUUUGGUGGGACAGCAUAUAUUUCCUGAUACGUACCCCCUCACUCUCCCAACUCUGUCUGAUUAUUCUAGAACUCAGGGGACUUGAGGAUGGAGGCUGCUGGAAGUGCUGGCUCUGGGAAUGUGCACUUUGUUCACCCUCCUCUAAGGGGUGUCUUCUCCCCAAAGAAGCAGAGACAAGUGACUGCUUAGGGGGUGGAGAUUCUCCCCAGCUGCCAUGGUGCAGGAUCAAGGAUAACAUGUGUUGCCAGGACUGCACAAUGGGGCUGCUUGGCUUGGCUUCCCAGUAGAGACUGAGAGGCAGGUGAGAGGGAAGGAUGCUGUGCUUUCAAAACGAUUUCAAAGGUGAGAACCCAGCUGCCACUUCUAGUGCUGCCUUUGACUUCUUAUCCAGGGCAUCACACUAGCUUGAGGGAUGAGACUCUUUGAGGUGAGUUUCCAGACAGGGUAGGUGAGAGGAUGGUUGAAGUCACGCGGUUAAUGAGAAGACAGGCUAAUCGAUUGCUGUCCUUUUCUGUGAGAAAUCCAGGAGUUCCAGUAGGGGGCAGUGAUGCCUUCCUAAGUAGUAUAUCAUUGGUAAAGAAUGUAUUUAAUAUUAAUAGUUCUGAAUCAGACUAGGGUAGUGGCUUUCAAAUCCUUUGUUGUUGUUGUUGUUGUUGUUGUGGCCCACGGUAAGAAAUGCAUUUUAUAUUGUAUCCUUGUGUGCAUAUGUUUGUGCAUAUGCAACAACGUAGAGAAAUGCACUCUGAUACAUUCUGUUCUGUUCUAUUCUAUUCAUUUUUAAAAACAUUCUAUUCUAUUUAAAAAUAUCAAAUUUAUGACCCACCAAAUGAAUUUCUCAUUCAUUAACCUGUAGUUUAAAAAGUGCUGACCUGGAGGGUGGUCUCUAAAAAAGUGCAGGAGGGCUCUAGCCUUUGUUCUUUUCUAUGUAUUAUUUGAUGGAUACCUUACUUCUUUUUGAGACCAGAGAAUGUGUACAUCUCAAAAUAAAAAUAAUAGUUGAGGUUGACUGUGUUUUAUGCAUUAAGUCCCAUGCAAAACAUUUGUGAUGACUCUCAUGUAAUCACACAACAUUUUGGUGUAGUUACUAUUAUUUUUAUCUCCACUGAGGUUUAGAGAAUUGAUGUGGCUUGUCUAAGUCCACAGUUAGUGGUGAUUGAGGUGAGAUUUGAACUCAUGUCCUCUGAUGCUGGAGCUAGGAAAUGAAGCCAUUAUAUUAUAUUGUGUUUCUGUCAGGUAACACAUCUCUGAGAGAAAUGCUAUCACUAAAAUGAUCAUGAAUAGGAGCAUUAGAUUAAAACUUGUUUCAUCAGCCUGAAAUACUGGGCUGAAAUCAACACAAUGAUUCUGGUGUAAUUGAAUCAAUCAAAAUUAGUUACUUUAGAACAGGAUUGGAGAGAACUGACUUUCCAGGAGGCCUUGAAAAAAAAAUACUGGUGUUAUUGUUGACCACAGUCAGGUAACUUAGCCUAGAAAAAAAGAGAGACUGUAUUUCCCAAAUGGAAAAUAGAAGGAGGAACAGAAAGCUUUGACCUAUAGUAGUGAUUGGUCAAAACAAAUUAUAAGAUCUGUAAGUUAUGUUUUGAAGAAGAUUCCAGGUUGGGAGUGAGGUGAAUGAGGGAAACUUGCAAGAGACUCCAGAGCCAAUCAUAGAAGACUAUGGACACCUGAGGAAGGGAAGCAGCCAGGUGGAGUUUCGUGGGUCUCACCCAUCAUAGUACCCGUAGCUCCAAUGGUGGUAGCAGAAGGAAGAUCAUGAACAUGAGAGAAUAGCCUACUUUUGACAUCAUGGAAAAAGCUAUUGGGAACAUCCUUCUCCUCCAAAUAUGUGUUGCAAAACAAAUAGCCUGAGAAGAGCCAGUGUUCAUGUACAGAUGCUUUGUUUCUUAUGCAUAAAUGUUGGUAGUAGCACUUUUUUACUCACUUAGUAUUCAGGAAUGCUUAAUUAUCUACUUCCCUAACCUUCCAUUUUACUGUAUUUUUAUUUAGGGUCACACAUUUUACCAUUAUCUAUGAAAAGGAUUUUGAAAAUAGAUACCUCGCUUCUGUCUUUUAUUUUAACCUUUCAAAUCUAGCGGACCAUAUUUAAACAUGAUCUGUAUGACUCUUAACUACUUGAUCUUCCUUGCAUGGGCCAAAUAUGUGUGAAGGUGACUUUUUUUUGUUAUUGAACUUUCUUGCACAUAGAGAACUUCUGAUGUUUGUUCAUCUGGGGAUAUAUCUGACAUCUACUUCAUAGAGACAUUCAUAGGAAUGCCCCCGAAAUCUUUGAACAUUGUACCAGACAGCAAGCAGUGACAAUGGCUACAUCUGCUUUCCUCCUCAGGGGAGCUGCCGUGGGCUAGGCUGAAAUAACAGCUGCAUGGUAAUCCUGGUGACCAAAAAGCUACUUAUUCAUAAAACAAAACAAAACUAACUUUUGUCUGUUCUAGAACAUGUAGCUUUGGGGCUCUAGUGGGUGGAGGGAAAGGAUAGCAAACAGAAAGAUUACUUGGAGGAUUUUCAUUUCCGGUUGCUUUACAGUCCUAAGAGCUUAUAUAAACUGAUAUUCUGAUCCUCUUCCAAGUCCUGUGGCAUUCUUUUCUUUCUUUCCAAGUUGUGUAAAGUCCAUCUGUCUGUUUCUCUCUCUCUCUCUCUGUCUCUCUCUCUCUCUCUCUCUUAUUUAGGCAAGGUCUCACUCUGUUGCCCAGGCUGGAGUGCAGUGGUGUGGCCAUGGUUCACUGCAGCCUCGGCCUUCUAGACUCAGGUGCUCAGAUGAUCCUCCCACUUAAGCCUCCUGAGUAGCUGGGACUACAGGCAUGUACAACCACACCCAGCUAAUUUUUUUUUGGUAGUUUUUGUAGAGAUGGAUUUUCACCAUGUUGCCCAUGCUAGUCUCAAACUCUUGGGCUCAAAUCAUCCAACCACCUCAGCCUCCCAAAGUGCUGGGCUAACAGGUGUGAGCCACGGCGCCCAGCCAGUUUGUCUCUUUUUUCUUUUUCCUCAUGUCCUUAGCAUCUCCCUUUUGCUUGUACUCAUUUGUCCCUGUACUUUUCCUUCAAAGGACUUAUCAUAGUUUAAAAGUGUAUUUUAUGUGAGUAUGUUUUUUUUUUUUUUAAUAAUUCAUGUGUACCACCUAGAUCAGAAGUUCCAUGAAAACAGGAAUCUUAUUUGGGUCACUCAGCUCUGUAUUUCCAGAGCCCAGCCCAGUGUCUGAUGCAUGGCAGGCUCUCAAUAAAGAUUUGUUGAAUGGGUGAAUAAAAAAAUAAAGGAAUGAAAUGUUGGACUUGGGUUUUGACCUUUACGGAGAAAGUUUUAAAACUAUAAUAUAACUACUUAUUGCUCAUGAGUGAUUGAGAAAUCAGGUAAUAGGGCUUAACCUCUUUGAACUCAUUUCUUCACAUGUGUUACAUGAAUAAUUAUACAAUGCAAUUACUUCUUGCAGGUAGGAGAAAUGAAGAGAAGUCAAUGAUAUAAUAAGAGUAUAACCUUUAGUACAGUGUUUGAGGUAUAAGUGCAGCAGGUAUUCAGCAAAAGUUUAUUGAGAAUAAUAAGCAUAAUUUUUGUUCGUUUGGAAUAAGUUGCUAUAGAUGUGGUAGGUCUUUUCUUAAUUUUCAAACAGAUAGUAGUUUGACCAGGGAUAAUCAUGGUCUUUUACUGAAGCUGUAAUGAUCACUGUGCUAAGUAAUUUACCCACAGUAUAGGAUUUGAUCCUCCAAAUGAUCCUCCAAAGAAGGUGACCUUAUCGCCCCUUUUCGGGUGAUGGAAUCAAGGUUUAAAGUACUUCAGAUGUUUGCAGAGAUUCACAACCAGUUUUGUCUGACCUGAAAAAUCAGUGCUUUACAUAAUUAUGUAAUUCUUGUUACACGUUUUCUCUUUCAGAACUUAGGAUCUUCAAGAUAAAUAUUUCUCUUUUGAACAUUUGAAUGUUUCCUUUGUCUUAAGGAGGAGGGAUGAUAGAAAAUCUAGGGGGCAGGGACCUUGGCUUAUAUAAGCCUUAUUGCACCAAAUACCACAGGAAAUCCCUUCAGUGAUGAAUGUUCUAUGGAAUAAAGAGCCAGGGGUUAGGCAGUACCUUUGAGGUAUUUUGAGGCCUGAGUGGUUCAGAGUAUUGUUUCAGAAUCCCAAGUCUCUUUCCUUGGGAAAUCAUAAGUUCAUGGUAUUGUGGGAUGUGGAUAAAAAGUUCAUCCUUGCCCUUGAGUAUCUGUCAGUCUGUUUGGGGGAGAUUGGAUGCAUAUAUGCAAAGCACUAGGAAGAAAAGUCUGAGUUUAGCUCCUUUGGGACAGAGGAGGCAGACGGUUAUCCAUCUAUUCAUCCAUCUAUUCAUCUCUCCAUCCAUCCAUCCAUUCAUCCAUUCAUCCAUUCAUCCAUUCAUCCAUCCAUCCAUUCAUCCAUUCAUCCAUCCAUCCAUCCUUCCAUCCAUCCAUUCAUUUAUCCAACCAGACAAUUAACCAACCAACCAACCAACCAACCAACCAACCAACCAACCAACCAACCAACCAUCUAACCACCCAACCACCCACAUACCCAACCAACGAAUCAACCAACUAACCAAUAUUCAACACCUCUUAUGUGCUAAACUCACAAUCCAGUGAGCAAGAUAAUGACAGUCCCUGUCUUCAUAAGUCCUAUGGGCUCCAGGGCAAGUCAGAGUCCUCUGAUAAACUUACCUAUUAUUCUUACCAUCACAGCUUAGAUUUGAACACUUAUACCUCAAACACUGUACUAAAGGUUAUACUCUUAUUAUAUCAUUGACUUCUCUUCAUUUCUCCUACCUGCAAGAAGUAAUUGCAUUGUAUAAUUAUUCAUGUAACACAUGUGAAGAAAUGAGUUCAAAGAGGUUAAGAGAUUAAUUCUUACCCAAAGUCCUGUAGAUAGAGAGUGGCAGCGUCAGGACACCAGUCCAAGCCUUAUCUAUAUUGCAAGUAUUGCAUAAAACCUCAGCUGAAAUUUUGAUAAAUUUUAUGGAACUUAAGCUAGAUAGAUCUUGUUCACCUGAACAUCCUGUCUGGGAUGCAUGGUAGUACCACUGAACAGCUCCACUGCUUAUCAAAUGUGUGAUCUCAGGCAAGUUGUUAACCUCUUGGUGCUUCAUGUUCAUCAUUGGCAAAUGGAGAUGAUAAUAGUACUUAUCUCAUGGGAUUGUUGUGUGGAUCAAAUGUGUAAAUAUAUAUAAAGUGCCUGGCCCAUGUUAUAUCAGUGUUGGCUAUUAUUGUUAUUGUGUUGACAGACGUUUCAGAAGAGUACUUGUUUGGCGAAGAAGUUAAUGAACUCUUCUUUGUUGAACUUGUGGGGUUAAGGCAUGCUUAGAGGAAUGUAAUCUGGGCUAGAUGCUUGGCUAUUCAAGUGAGCAUGUGACAGUGAUGGUCUCAGUCUGCCUCCCUUGUCAGAGCAUCAUCUGUAAAUGAUUACCUCCAUCACUUACCAAGCACAGUCACAGGAAGUUGUGACCUCCCUUUAUUGGAGCUGUCAUUUUGAACCUAUGUGUAGUCUGGCAGACAUUUUGACCUCCGUGAUUUAUUGCUGAGGGUGUUUUGACUCCAUGCUUGUAAGUACAACAUUAAAAACCCAAUAAUAGCUGAAUUUUUGCUUACUCAAUCAUUUUUACUCCAAGAUAAAUGUUCAAUACAGAGCAGUUAAACAAUUUCUACCUUUUUCCAUCUUCUUUUUUAUUUUAUCAAAAUCAUUUUAUGGAGAUUAAUUCUUUUGCAUUUGGAAUUUUACAACGAUGGCUUGUAAUUUAUCGACAAUAAUUUAUUUGGGUCAAAUUUUAGCUUCUGCCACUGUGAAUUUUCCAUUGUAGUUUUAUUUCUAGUAAGUCAAAUUUUCCUGGUUUAAAUUUGAUUGAUUUGAAUUUUAUUGGGAUAAUUUGAUUCCCCUGUGAAUGUUUGCUCAUUAACACAUUCUUUGUGUAGGUUAGCUGUUGUCAGUUUUAUUUUGAACUGAUUAUUUCAAUCAAAACACUGAGGGACAAAUGCCUAAUCACCUUAAGUGUCUAUAGAAGCCAGGAGUGAGGCUAGGUAAAGGCAGCCCAGACCAGAUCUAAAUGAAACGCUGUGGGCUAAGUUUUCAUUCACAGAAGAUGGGCAGAGUGGCAGAUCAGGGGUAACUAUCAAUGAUACAAACUUCAAAGAAAUGACGAGAUACAGAGGCCCAAGGUUAAAGUCAAUGAUAUAUGUGAAGCAUGAUGAUUUUCCAAACCAUACCCAAACCCUAUGAGCUGUGCAUGUUAUAUCCAGCAGUUUAAUCCUGGAAGACUCUUGGUGCAUAUUGCAGGGAUGAGUUAGCUCAGUGUGAUGUAGUCAAAGAGCAGUGAGAUUGGGUUCAGGUGAUCUGGGGUCUGAACCCAGUUCUGUCACUCCUUGUGUAUACCGGGACAAGUCCAUUUCCCACUUGAGGUCUCAGUUUUACCAACUGUCAAAAGAUUGCUCUAAAAGUUCAUAGACCCCUUCGAAAAUCUGAAAAAAAAAAAAAAAAAAAAAAAAAACCCUGUGAAAUCUCUUCUUGGAAUUAUGUACACACACCCAUAUUUACACAUACUUUCAAAGGGCUCAUGGACCCUUUAAUGCACGCCCAAGGAUGAUGAGUUAAAAACCUCAGCCUCUGUAAUCUGUCAGGACCUGUCCAGGGUUGACAUGCUAGGGCUUAGGUAGGUGUUAUAUAUGUAUCCUCCAGGUGAUGCCUGAGAACUGACACACACACUGCUUAUGGAUAAAAAUGGAGACAUCCAGAAAAGUAGGAUCUGGAACCCUUUGUAUGCAUUGUUGGUUUCUUAGUGUUUUCAUUAAUAUUAUGAAUGGUUAAGAGCAUAAACCUUGGGAUUAUGCUACCUGGGUAGAAAUCCCCACUCUGUGCAUGAUCUUAGGCAAGGCAAUUAACCAUUCUGGGCCUCCAUUUCUGCAUCUGUAAUAUGGAAGUAUUAAUGAUAACAACUUCAUAGGGCUGUUGGAUGAAACAGCUAAAUGUUCAAUUGUUACCUCUUAUUACCUCGUGAUUGAAUUCAUGUUCUGAUAAUUUUAUGUCAUACAAAGUGGCAGCUGGUGGGCUUUGGAGACCCUCUAGCUCAGCUCUGUUGUUAUUAUAUGAAAGGUGAACCAGAAAAGGGAAAGCCUUACCCAUGGUCACCCAACACACGUUAGGGUUGCUCUCUGACACUCGCCUUAGACACUAGGAAAGUUGAGCCACCAUGACAUCAUCAGCAUACUAGCUUCCAGUGCAAGAGGAGGCUCACCUCCAUGGAUAAAGUCCCAUGUGACGAUCUGCCAUAUUUGUAGAGUUCUCUGACACCAGCUGUUUCUGUUGUGAGUAUAGAGUGAUUCAGGGCAGGCUGGGCACCAGUGAGUAUGAUUUCUACAAAAGCAGUUUGCAAGAGCCUCUCAUUUUACCUGGAAAUUAGUCACAUUGAUUCUAAUUACAAGGCUUUUGUGACCCCAGCUGACUGGCCACCCCUCCCAGAGCAAGCAUUUCAACCACCUAGCUGCAGUGUCUGGAGACUACUUGAUGUUACUACCACUAAAAGAACUGGAGCUCCUGGGGGAAUCCCUUCAGACAUAACCACUGUAUUAUCUGACAGAAUGCAAAAAGCUAAGGUGGAAGCCCAUUCAAGAAACUUCCAAAGACUCCUGGGUCCUGGGAAAUACAGGAUGAGCCCAUACGGCUAAAGUUAGCUUUGUUGUUGAGGGAACCGUGGAUUUUAUUGCUGGUGGGAUGGUUUGUGUUGCUACUCCCCACAAAGAAAUUGACCCUCUUUUUCAGAGCACAGCAAGGGGUACACAUUACCCUACUGAAAGCACCUUGUUUGCCCUGCUGGUUUCAGCUGCAGGAAGUACAUUCUUGCAGUAUAUUCACUCUCACACCCAAUGUGAUAUAUGGGUAAAAGCUUUUGUAUGGAGAAGAAAAAGUCCUCUACAUGUGUUAAUUUCUGCCCCAUGUGUAGUUAUUGGUCUUUUGCUGUGAAUGUUCCUGGUGUUUUAAAGGGUCAUAUUCAACGUUUUGGGGCUUCUAAGGGAUUGGGGUUUUGAAGGUCCCCUGGAAAGUGUCAACAGAUGUUCAACAAGUGAUCUAAUUCCGGGUUUUGGGAAAUGAAGUUUGUGGACUGGCUGGGACCUCAGGGCUUGGAGUCAGAUAGCUUUGGGACCUUGGAGACAUGACUUAACCUCUCUGGGUCUCAGUUUUCUCACCUGUCAAAUGGGUUAUCCUAGAACUUGCCUUAUAGAAUUGCUCUGAAAAUUAAAAGAGAUAAUGUACUUAGAAUACUUAACCCAGGGCCUUGCUUAUUGCAAAUAUUUAAUAUAUAAUUGCUAUUAUAUUUUGUAUCCUGUGUACUCUGUAAUAAAUAACACAGCUAAUGUUUACUGAGCAUUUAUGGUGUAUAAAGUAUUGGAUUAAAUUCUUUGAAUGCAUGAUUUCAUUUUCUAUGUUCACAACAACCUCAAGGGUGGUAUUAUUAACAUGCCCAUUUUAUAGGUGAGGAAACGAGGUCUUGGAGAAGUUCAGUAACUUGUUUGAGGUCCAAUAGCUUGUGAGUAGCAGGGGCAGAAUUUGCAUUCGGUUGAUCUGGUCCAAGGGUCCAUGCUGUUCACCACCAAGCUGCUCUGAUCUCCUUUUGCUCCUGACUUGGCUUCAUCAGCAUGGUUGUCUUUAGGUUAACCUGGUCUUCUCCUCAAAUCCUCUCCUAUGAACCACUUGGCAGCACAACAUUGUGUGGGUAUGUGUGUUUGUUGACAAAGGCCAGCUUGCUUAUGAUGGGAGGUGUGAACAUUUACAGGAAACUAAGGAAACUAAGGCUCAGAGAGGCGUAUAUCUGUACUUCUAAAGAGUAACAGUUUGUCAUCUUACUAUGAAUAUAUUUUAAAUGACCAAUAUCCUAGUAGGAGAAAGGAACUGCAAGUGCAAGCAGAGACAGGAAUAAAUCAGAGAAAGAACAAAACAGAGCAGCCUAGCCCACUCCAGAGCAUACCAACAUGAAAUCUACUUUGGGGCUAUCUCAGUUUCCCUAGGAUGGUUCACCUAUGAGAGAAAGCAGGGAAAACUGGCUUAAGGGAGCUAUAUUUUGAGUGAGACGAGAGGUUGCUUGGAAAUGACUCCUAGAAAAGAAGCAGCCCCCACCCCAUCAAACACACACACAUACACACAAACAUGCACACACAUGUGUAUCCCCACACCCCAAGAACUCAUUCUUUUCUGUUAUGUAUCUCAUUUAUCCCCAGUGCAGAUGGAUUGAUUCAUAGGGACAUUUCCUAAAUGUCCUGGUUGCUGUAUAAUUCUUCUCUUUCAGUUCAUUCCAGCUGCUUCUGAGUAUCAGAUUGUUGAAGCUCUUGGGUCCCUGUGACUCACUCUAUCCUGGGUCACUCUCCAGAUCCCCUUGAAUGAGUGGUUCCAGUAUUCAUGUUUUGGAAUGAUGGCAUAAAAUUUUAUCAGACUGUCUUAUUAUCAGUGCAAACUGGACAAUACAGAAUUGUACCAACAUCUGCAGCAAUAUACAUAGGUGGUCUGAAAAUGUCAACACUUUGCAAUCCCCAAAACUCACAUGUAAGUCCUUCCUUCAGAGUGAUUUUCCAAGGUACACAGUUCUGCUGACCAAGGUAUAGCUCCUGCCAAAUGAUUCAACAACUACAAUGUGAUUUGUGGAUGUGAAUGAAUUCAGAUAUUUCUCAGCCAUAUUUAUGCUGGUUAAGGUAGACCUAGGUUCAAAUCUUGUCUCAAAGUGCUUAGUAUCAGUGUAGCAUUAACAGAUCACUUUAUGUUUCUGAGCUAUGGCACUUUCAACUGUAAAAUGGGGAUAAUAAAUACCUAUAUAGCAAAGUUGUUGUAAAAUUAAUGAAUUAAUAUGUCUAAAGCAGUUAGCUUUAGACGUAUGGUGGCUGGAAUGUAAUAGGUCGUUAAUAGAUUAUGGCUAUUUUUGAAACCCAUGACUUGAGCCUGUAAUCUUGGAAAAAAGACUCAAAAAGGGAAUUCAAUGACUCCAAAAGGAACUCAAAGAAAUAUAAAGAAAAUACGUUAAAAAACAAUGACAAUAACAAAUUCUUCCACAAUCCAAGACAUUGUUUUGUGUGUGUUGUGUGUGUAUAUGAGUGUGUGGUUGGUGGUGGUUUUUUAAUUUCCUUCAUGUUUGAGCUCAGCAGGGCACAACUAGACCAGAUAAGAGAAACAUUUUGAGUGAGAGAAAAGGUUGCUUGGAAAUGACAUCUCAAAUCCAAAGAAGAAAGCAAAGCGAUAACCCUUGAACAUUAAAGUUAUGGGGAUCAUGUUUUUGAACCAUGAGAUGGAACAAGUGACAUAACAAACCACCCCAAAAGUUUCUGAUUUAAAACAGCUUAUCAUCAUCUGUUGGUCUGAUGGAUUGACUGGGCUCACCCGGGCAAUUCUUGCUUGGGUUCUCUACUGUGCUUGCAGUCCAAUAGUGGCCAGAGCUGGAGUCAUCGAAGGCUCCUCUGGGCUGGGCAUCGAAGAUGGCUUCCUCACGGGGCUGGCAGUUGAUGCUUGCAGUUGGUUGGGAGCUCAGCUGGGGCUGUGAUCAACUGGAGCCAUGAGCCAUGUCCACUCCAUGUGGCUUGGCCUUCUUACAGCAUGGUGGCUGAGUUCCAAGAGAGUGCAUUCCAAGAGCUAGCAUUCCAGGAGAUUAAACCAGGAGCUGCAAAGCUUCCUGUGACCUGGCCUCAGAAGUCACACAGUGUCACAUCUGCUAUAUUUUAUUGGUUAUACAAAGCCAGCCUAGAGCUGGUAUAGGAGGGGAUUACUCAAUGGCAUGAGCACUGGGAAGCCUGGUUCACUUGGGGCUAUCUUGGGGACUAGAUAGUAAGGCAGCUUUACAAGACCAGAUAACACUCCCAUCUGGGGUAGGAUUUUUGGUAAUGAUUUUCACGUCCAUGGGAGAAGGUGUAAAGAUGCUUUGUUACCCACUUUUCAUAAAAUCUAGCUUGUUCUCUUGAAUCUUCCACCACUCAACUUCUAGCCUGUGUGCAUAGAGUUUUUAUUACCCAGUAAGGCCAAAAGAACCCAGCCUUGUUCUUAAGACAUGCAGGAAAGAUAUUAGGCAAGUCACCUUCUCUGUCUCCAAGUGGGCAGAUGAUAUGACUCUCUGUCCUUGGCCAGAGGAGGUGCAACAGCAUUCUCGGAACUUCCUUGUGGGUAUCUGGAGAAGUGGCCAAAGUGGAGAUGGCUCACCUUUAGGUGCACUCACUAUGUAAGCUUACUCUGGGCCACAGAGUGGAGAUUUUCAGAUGAGAAGUUUCAUGAUCUAAAGAACACACACACACACACACACACACACACACACACACGGAUUUUGAAUGAGGCCUAGAGUGAGGACAUGACUUGGUGAACUUCCUACACUUGUUAAGUGGUGGGAGAGUGACACAAUUUUGUUCUUCUCAUUCUUAAUCUGAUGAUCUUCACUGAAUCAUUCCACCACACUUGUUAUAAGGUUUCCCUUUGUUUCUGUAGUCAUUCCUGGCACUUAGUUAUUUCAGUGUUUGUACAUAGUGAGACUCUCUGAAAAUGCUAUAGGUGAGAAACCCAGGCAAAUAUGUGGAAGUCUUAUGGAAUAUGCACAAGACUGUAGAUGUAAAGACCAUACGGGUCUGCUGUGGGAUAGAAAUGUUAGCUGGAAGAUCAGCCUGAUCUCUCCUGAAUAAGGCCUGGGAGAUUUUCCACACCUUAUCUCCUCAGGUUUACUUAUGUACUCAAUAAAUAGUUGUUAGAUUCCUUCUGUGUGCCUGGCACUGCCCCAGGCUCUAGCAAUAGAUCAAUGAAAAAAACUUAUAAAGUUCUUGUCCUCUUGGCACUUACAAUCCAGUGAGAAUAUUCCUGAACAUUCCCAAUGGUGACAGAUAGAACCAAUCUUUGUUCAGGAGCAAAGACCAUUGGCAAAAAUGUGCUUUUUCUCCUCUCCCCACAGAGGGGUUACAGUAGUUAAAAUAAAAUUUAAAUCAAAUUAAAUUUAGAAGCAUUUGAUUUACACAUUUCUUCUAAAGUGUGAAACUAAUAAGAUGAUUUUGGAAUGGAUCUAAAAUAAAGAAUUUCAGAUUAGAGAAUUAAGCACAAUUAACUACCAUGAAAUACAUUAGUUGGGGAAUUAAUAUUUCGUUUUCCAAAAAUAAUUUUAGAAACAAUAGCUCCCUGGCAUUGAACUGGAGUCUUUGAAAACUCUGCCUCUCCUUGGAAUUCUUGAUAUGACCUCAUAUUAUUGCAUUGUUAAAUAAUCUCAGCAUUUUUUGGGUGUAACUGUUUUAACAAGUUAACACUUGAUGCUGUUUAUACAACGUGUCCCUUGGAAGAGCAAGACAGAACAGGACUGGGAGAUUACAGCAUGGGAAUAGGAUUUAGGCUUCUCACAUUUGGUUGACUGAGCAAUUCUUAUGCUCUGAUUUGGCUUAUUAUGAUGCCUACAGGUCACCCUGACAAGUGGCUUAAUAAUUUGUCAAAAAAGGUAUCUGUCAUGUAGUCAAACCUGUUGUGUAUGAAUAAUCUAAUUGAAGUUCACUUUUAAAAUGAUAAUUCAACAAGCAUUUAUUAAGAACUUAUUGUGUUCUAAGCAAUGUAGUUGAUAGAGGUUGCUACCUUGGCAGAUCUUAACUCACAAAGAGUCAGACAGCAGAAAAAUGAGUGCUAUGACAAAAGUAAGACAAGGAGAUGUAAUAGGGAGUGAGUGGGGUUACCUUGGCUUUCCAGGGCCUCCGUUUUCUCACUGUUUAUCAUUAAGAGCUGGGACCUAAUGGAAGAUCUCUAAGGUUCUUUUAGUUCUAACAUUUAGUAAUCACAUGAUUUGUGCUAUUAGGUUUUAAGUACAGUCACUAGCAAUGUCUGUUUUCUAAUUAGCACAAUAUUUAAUUGCUUUCUGAUUUCAGAUACAUUUUUUUUCUCUUGUUCUUACAAAAACCCUGUGGAGAUGAAGAAGCUGUAGUUUAAGACAGUUAUGUAAUAUACCCAAUUUCACAUGGGCAGUAAAAUAAGGCUAUUAAGCAGGGCCUUAGUGAGUGAAAAUUGAUUAUAAUUGGAUCAAAACAGCCCUACUUAAAGAUGUUGAACUAGUGAGUUCUGAUUUCCUUCUAAACACCAAGAUUCUGCAUUUAUGUGUUUUUCAAAAAUCACCCUAGAGAUGAUGCUCUGUAAGUCUCAUGUCAGAAAAAUGAUCGAGUGGUAUCUAUAGGUUACUUUGCUCCCAGCACAGACAUGAAGUCUUUUGAACCCUAAUGGAGAUAUGAUAGUGUGCCAAAUCUAUAUAAAAAUGACAUUCCACACAUUGAAAAAAAGAAGUGGCUAUUGCUGCUGGGAAUGCAAAAUGAAAUAGCUGUUUUGGAAAAUGCUUUGGUAGUUUCUUAUAAAUUAAACAUACACUUACAAAAUGACCCAGAAUUGCUACUCCUAGGUAUUUAUAUCAAAGAAAUGAAAACUUAUGUAUACAAAAGCCUAUACACAAAUGUUUAGAGUGGAUUUAUUCAUAGUUGCCAGAAAUUGGAACAACCCAAUGUCUUCCAACUGGGAAAUGGAUAAACAAACUAUGAUGUAUUCAUACAACAGAAUACUACUCAGUAAUAAAAAGAAAUGAACACCCAAUACAUGCAACAACUUGGAGUUACGUCAAAUGCAUUAUGCUAAUUAGAGGAAGUCAGACUUAAAAUGCUACAUACUGUAUAUCAUCCAUAUGGCAUUUUAAAAACUACAGGAUCAGCAAACAGAUCUGUGCUGUGAGUCGGAGGAAGAAUUGAUGAAAAAAGACACAAGAAAAUUGUUUGAAGUGAUGGAGCUGUUCUAUAUCUCGAUUGUAGUAGUGAUGGCAUUGAAUGCAUUUGCCAAAACUCACAGAACUCUGUAACUAACAAAGAAUGAAUUAUAUUAUGUAUAAAUUAUACCUUCAUAACAGGGUACCCUCAAACGAGUAGUAAUAUAUUUUUGCAUGUGUUUUGAUUUUAAGUGCUUUGAGUGAAUAGUUUUUUUUUUUUUUUCCAGAAAAGUAGCUCAUUCUUAUUCAGUGUUUGUUUUCUGAGGAUGUCAAGUGGAGUCAGAACCAAUAAAAGUUCUAUCGAGAAGAGUCUCAGUUAACCAGAUUAGCUUGCCCAGGUUGGUGGAACCAUGAAAACCAGAUUAAAAAUAAUAGGAGUAAUCUUCCAUUGCUUCGAUCCCUAGGAUUCACUUCCUGUCCUGUUUUAGGUACCUGUAAAUGGUACCUGUAAAUGGCACCUCUAUAAUCCAUUAUGCUUUUCGGCAUCAUUGCUCACUUUGACUAUUUGCUCACUUUGGCAUCAUUGCUCACUUUGACUAUUUGCAGAUUACAAAUUGUUUGAGGUCAAAGAAGUGAGUGGAGUACAUAACCUUCAAGGUGAAGCAGGAAGCAGAUGUCUCCUUCCGAGUAUAAGUUCUCUUAGAUCAGAUACUGGGAGUAAAUUUGUUUAUGGCACCAAUCACAGCAUUUUGAGGGCUGGAACGCCCACUAAACAUCUAAACAAAUGUGGACAUUUACCCUUCAGGAUACAUGCUGACAAAUUCCUUCCUAUGUGCCAACCUGAAAGACCAACCUUGGAGAUAUAUGAAGCAUUGCCCAGUCCAGAGUGAGGCAGAAGACUGAGUCAGGGGUUUUGACGUAGUCAAGGAAUGCUCAAUUUUCACCUUUUCCCUCUUCCUGCAUACCUUCCUCAUGAGUCAUGAGCCCAGACAAGGCCCCAGGGUUUUUCCCAAUAUAGUUCUUCAGGAAGUCACUAUAAGUCAAGUGGAGUUGGUAUUUAUAUGGCAUUUGUUCCUUUUAAAAUGUAUUUUUAAUUGAUAAAUAAUAAUUGUAUAUAUUUAUAAUGUAUAAUGAAUAAACUGAAAAAUUCAAUAGAAAGCUUCAACAGUAGGUUCAAUUAAGCAGAAGAAAGAAUAAGUGAACUCAAAGACAGGACACUUGAAAUUAUCCAGUCGAAGGAACAAAAAGAAAAAAGAAUAAAAGAAGUCUAUGGGAUCUAUGGGAAACCACCAAGAGAACUAAUAUUUACAUAAUGCAAUUUCAGAAAGAGAAGAGAGAGAUAAAGGGACACAAAGCCUAUCUAAAGAAAUAAUAGCUAAAACGUCCCAAAUCUGGGAAGAGAUAUCACUAUUCAUGUACAAGAAGCUGUAUGUAGGUUCUUUUCACUUUGAGAAACAGAAGGUGAAACUCAAACUGGCUUAAGUAAUUUAAAAAAAAUGUAUUGGUUCAAGUGACUUAAAAACCACACUGGUUCCAGGAGCAGGUUGAUAGUACCUCAAAGAUGUCACCAUCUCUUGGAUGUGCUUUCCCUGUUCAUUCUUAAGCUUCGUGCAGUUUCAGGGUGGUGACCAGAAGUUUACAUCUUAUCCCUUUCACUGGGUCUGACUGGAAUAGAAAAAAGAGUGUCUUAUUCCCUAGCACUUUGGACAAAAGCUCUGGACAUGAUGGCCAUUUGUGACAGGGAAGUAGAAUACCAUUGUUUGACCAGCCUGGGACAUCUGAAUUCACAGAUAGAGAACACAGACAGGGGCUAACGGGGUGCGGGGUGGGGGGAAGGAGACCCCAAAAUAGGAAACUAGAUUGCUGUUACUGGAAGGGGAAUGUGCACUUUAGCAAGAUGAAACCAAUAUGCAAUUCAGCUCCUACAUAUGCAGAACUGUAAAAAAGGGAGCUGCAUUUGGUUUCUUGGGACCUCCACCUGGAUAAACUGAGUUCAGGGGUUCGGCAUGCAUCUAACAGCAUGCUCCUAUUGCCAGUAAAUUUUUUCUUGGUGCUCCUUGCUAUCUCCUUUUGUGCUGUUUUCAUCCACUCAGAACCUGGUCUGUUCCCUCCGUUACCAUAUCUCAGGCCACAGGUGUAUUCAUGACACCCAAGUGCCCCUCUUCAGAGAGACAAGGUGGGAGCUUUUCAAAAGGAAUUUGUGCUAAAAAUAGUAAGUGGCAAUUUGAAAAACAAACAAACAAACGAAUGAAGCAAAGUAACAAAAAAUACAAUAUUCAAAAUGCUUUUAACAGGACAUAUUUUAUACAGCAUGUGCUUUAAGCCAAAUUAAGUAAAGCCUAGCCACAGAUUAGAUUCCAGAAGGUGAGACUAGCAGGAGGUAUUUAAAACAUCUGCUAGUUCUCCCUCUUUAUCCCACAGAUGGGACACUGAGGCCCAGGAAAGGGAACACCUUGACAUCAGCAUCAAUGUCAAUGCCAGUGUCAAUGUCAGAGCUGGGCCUGGGACCAACAUCUUCUACUUCCAGACGUGAUGCCUCUGCUGUGUCAAUCUCCUAAAGUGAUCUUUCACAAGGUCCACUGGUGUUAAAACAGUUCAUUUUUUAUUUUGAAAGUAUUUUUAAGUAAUAUAUAUGAACAAAUAAUGAAUUCUCAUGAUUCCCAAAUCAAAAAUUAAACAAGGAAUAGCAUGCCCCUAUUUCCCUACCAUAGGCCACAUUUAAAAAAAUUAGUUUCUUGUUGGGGGAGGGGAGACGGGAGGGGUAGCAUUAGGAGAUAUACCUAAUGUUAAAUGACGAGUUAAUGGUUGCAGCACACCAACAUGGCACAUAUAUACAUAUGUAACAAACCUGCACAUUGUGCACAUGUACCCUAAAACUUAAAGUAUAAUAAAGAAAAAAAAAGGAAAAAAAAUUAGUUUCUUGUGUAUUCUUCCAGGGAUAUUUUGUGUGUAUAAAAACAAUUCAGUAAUAUACUCUCCCACCAUUUUAAAUAUUACAGCAUACUAUACACUCUGCUUUGUACCUUGCUUAUUUCAAAAUGUCUAUCUUGGAAAAUCUUUUAUGUGACUCCACAAACGGUAUCCUCAUUCAUUUUUACAGCUGUAAAGUAUUUCCUUGCAUGAUGGGAAUAACAGUUUAUUUAGCUGGUUCUCUAGUGGUGUCAAUUUGGUUAUUUUUGAUACUGUGCUACUAUAAACAAUGCUGCAAUCAAUAACUUUAUACACAUGUCAUUUCAUGUGAUUGUGAUUAUAUAUGUAGGAAAAAUUCCACAAAAGUGAAAUAGCAGAAUGCUAAGGGCAUAUGCAUUUGUUGUUUUGAUAGAUGCUGAAUUGCCCUUCAUGAUGGUCUUGUCAGUGUAUUCUCCUACAAUGCCGAGAGUGCCUUUUUCCUCAGGCCCUCCCCAACACAGCCAGUUACUAAUGUUGUCUUUGAGUGUUUAAUAGUAGUGAGAUAGUAUCUCAAUGUUUUAAAAUUUAAACUACAGAAAUAUAAAAAAAAAUACGGCAAUCCUGUUUCCAGAGUAAUUUUUAUUAUCACUCAAAUGAUAGUAAUAUCUUCGCACAUAUUUCACCU